GUACGAAUGUUUAUAUUUGCAACGGAUUCGUAAUCACUCUUAGUCAUCGUUGAGGUUGACGAGUCGAACCUCGCAAUGUGUUGUAUCGAAAGUAAUUAAUUGGCAUAUUGAUUUGUAUUGUUUCAAAAAUCUAGUUUUGAUCACUGCUAAAUGGUGAAUGUGAUUAGCAGUAGAACAACUAUAAUAAAAGGAAAUAUAUCCCACUAUGACUUCGGACGAAAUAAAUCAUCCCAGUAUCAGGAAGUCUCGGACUAAACUUCAGAGUCUUUUAGCCGAAGGCAUUUUGCAAUCGAUAUCAAAGGGUUUUCUGUUGUGUAAUGCAUGUAAAAGUAAAAUUAAAGUUUCAACAAAUGGUGAUUUUUGUCUGAAUCAACAUCUGAAGACUAAAAAACAUCUGUUCAUUCUUCGAGAGAGUUCCACAGACUGGCCGGAAAUACUUAAGAAAACAGGUGAUCCCGACGACAGAUUCCAUGCUCAACGAGAGAAAUAUGAACGAAAACUAAUUUUGGCGAGAGUUCCGGGUCCAUACAAAGAGUGGAUAGAUGUCAAAUAUAACGAAUUCGCCUACAGAUUUUAUUGUCAAAUCUGUAGCACAUGUACUAUGAGCAACGUGAAACGUGAUCUCGAGAAGCAUAUGCUAUCAGAAAGUCAUCAACAAAAUCUUCAUAAAUACUUGAACAAAGUAAAAUGUGGAAAAGGUAGCAUUACGCUGGAAACUUUUGUUGAUAGAUACAUUGGCACGCCAAAGAAAUCGCUAGAAACUAAAGAUGUACCGACUCCGAGGACUACCCCUGCAUCCACCAUUAAAAACAGCAAGAAAUUACAGAUACCAAAGAUUCCACAUAUGAAAAGAGAUCCUCAGUCAACGCAAAUCAGUAAAGUGGCAAGGAAAGACUCCAUUCGAAUUUAUUACCAGAACGUGCAAAGUAUUCGUGGAAAUCGAAAGAAGAGUCAAUUCAAUCGAAAUUUGGCUAAAAAUUACGAUGUAAUUGUUUUUACCGAAACAUGGCUAGAGCAGGCUUCAAAUUUGCAGAUAUUUGAUGAAGGUUUCGACGUCUAUCGUUGCGAUCGAUCGACUGAUAAUACGUACAAGCUGGGAUACGGCGGAGUAUUAGUUGCUGUUUCAUCGAAACUUUACAGCGAUUUAGUGAUUGUUCAAGGAUUUGAUUUCUUGGAAUACGUCUGUCUCAAAUUACUGCAUAAUGAUCACUUCGUGUACAUUUAUUGUCUGUAUAUACCUGGCGAACUGAAAAAAGAUAUUGCUCCACAGCAUAUUAAGGCAAUCGAAGCUAUAAAUUGUGAUAAGGGUGACACGUUCAUCGUUGUGGGAGACUUUAAUAUGCCAGGUAUUGAAUGGAAAUCAAGCGCUGACAAUACAUUUUUCCAGCCAGAUAAACUAGAUCCUAUUUUUCAAUUGCUACAGAAUAAAAAAUUGUAUCAAUUGAACAAUAUCAAAAAUAUCCGGGGCAAUGUACUUGAUUUGAUAUUUGUGAACAAUCCGAAUACUUCUAAACUUUCGCCAGUAAAUGAGCAGCAGUCAUUGAUGCCUAUCAUCGACGUUCAUCCUCCAUUUGAAAUUGUAAUUGAUAGUUUAAAUUUUCCAUCAAAUUUAACCGAAGCUGCAAAGAAGAAAGCCUACUCGAUUAGGAAGGCUUACAUUCAACAUAUGGAAAAGUUUUUUGACGAUCUGGAUUGGGAUUAUUUUGAGCGGAAUAUGGAUCACUUGCUUAGUAAUUUUGUAUCUGAUACGCAUACGCAGGACAGCAGCCAGACAGAAUUUGCAAGGCACGCUCAGGGCGGGCUUUGGACUGGAAUAAAAAAUUUGUUUGGUGAAAACAAAGAAAAACCGGUUAUGUAGACAUCUUAGGGUUCACUUCGCCCUAGCUAGUUACGACACAGCGUAUAUGUGCGUAUAUGUAGACUGUAGAGAUUAGUUUUUCACACAAAAAUUAAAAUGACAAAUGAAAAGGCUGUGAAAAAUCUAAUGCGAUGGAAAGAACCCAUUCCGUUAAUAUUCUGGAACACAAUAUCAGAGGAGAGAAGUAGGGUCUAACAUGUCUAACCGUGAGUCAAGUACUUAAUCCUCUUGUUAAAUAUUAUAACCAACGUGAGGUCGAGGAACUUUGUGGCCGUUGAUGGUAUUAUGUUCAAUGAACCAAAUAAAUAUGUAGUGAGAAAAGCCAACUAAACGUUUUCCGUAAUUGCAUCAAUCUACAUAUUAAGAGUCUUAAAGUUAAUUCUGUCUUCCUUUUUUUUGUUAAUCUUUCUUAUCUGUAAAGAAAGACACACUUACACUUUAAUAAGACACACAUAUUCACUUACAGUCAUAUAAUUGCAUGCCUUAGUAAGAGAAAGCAAGCAUACGAGCAUACGAUUAAUAAACAUUGUAUACGAGACGAGUCGGUUUAUAAAACUUUGUGUAAACAAUUAAUUGUGAUUUGCAAAUUCUUUCCAUUUACAAUGUGCCUCAAAACACAUCUAACACAACAGUUUGUUCAAAUAGUUUAAUAUGCGGCUGAUAUCACACAUUCACACACCAGUCAAACUUGUUUUAAUCUGGCAAAUUUUUGUUGAUUGGAAUAAUAUUUGGGUAAGUCAAUUAAAUCAUGAAUACCUUGACUAGUACUACACGAAUUUCCAGUCGUUGUGAAAAAGUUGGCGUUCUCAUUGCGCCUUUUCGUAGUCCGGCCAGAAUGUUCUCUCAUUAACAAUUUCAUCUCGGUGUAGCAAAUUAGGUAUUUUGACUGUGUUCAGUGCAAACACUUUUCUCAAGCAAAUAAUCUUAGGAUGGUGUCCAUCAACGUUACACUCUCGUCAUUACAUAAACAAAUCGGCUCUUUUACGAAAAUAAAUAAACACAAAAAAA